AUGAGUAGAUCUGCUGGUGAUUUCCAAAGGUUUGCUAGAGCAUUCCAACAACAAUUGUCAAAAGUUCAGGCGGGAGGACCUAACGGUGGUCCUCGUGGAAGUCCUGGCCGUGGUGCGUUUGCCGGUGCUGGUGGACUUAUUCUACUAGGUGGUGCAGCUUUGUUCCUAAACUCUGCACUUUUUAACGUUGAUGGUGGUCAUAGAGCCAUCGUCUACUCACGCAUAGGUGGUGUCUCUUCGAGAAUUUAUAAUGAAGGUACUCAUGUUAUCAUCCCUUGGUUAGAAACUCCAGUAGUAUAUGAUGUGAGAGCCAAACCACGUAAUGUGGCUUCUUUAACUGGUACUAAGGAUUUGCAGAUGGUCAAUAUUACUUGUAGAGUGCUAUCUCGCCCUAACGUGGAACAAUUGCCCACCAUUUACCGUACUUUGGGUCAGGAUUACGGUGAAAGAGUUUUGCCAUCUAUUGUGAAUGAAGUUUUGAAGGCUGUGGUUGCCCAAUUCAACGCAUCGCAACUGAUUACGCAGAGAGAGAAGGUUUCACGCUUAAUCCGUGAGAAUUUAGUGCGUCGUGCCAGUAAUUUCAGCAUCUUACUAGAUGACGUCUCCAUCACCUAUAUGACCUUUUCUCCAGAGUUCACUAACGCCGUUGAGGCCAAGCAAAUCGCACAACAGGACGCUCAAAGAGCAGCUUUUGUCGUGGACAAGGCCAGACAGGAGAAACAAGGAAUGGUGGUCAAAGCACAGGGUGAAGCGAAAUCUGCUGAACUUAUCGGUGAGGCUAUUAAGAAAUCCAAGGACUACGUCGAGCUAAAAAGACUAGACACUGCAAGAGAGAUCGCUCAAAUUCUGGCCCGUUCUCCAAACAGAGUCAUUCUUGACAACGAAGCACUACUAUUGAACACAGUCGUCGACGCAAGAUUCAAGAACUAA